GCCGAUCGAUCAUUGCAGAGCGAACUGAAUGAAUGGUUGCUGCACCCCCCUGAGGGCUGCAAGCUCAUUCAGUACGAACCUCUUCUGACCUGGGUGAUUGAGAUGCAUGGACCGGACAGGGACCAGUCUGCGGCUCCCUUGUACCAUGGAGAGGUCUACCAACUCCAAGUAUGCUUCACAGAUCGGUAUCCUCUGGAGUCGCCCAUCGUCACAUUUGUCCCCCCCGCCCCAAUCCACCCCCACAUCUAUUCCAACGGCCACAUCUGUCUCGACAUUCUGUACGACAGCUCCAACGGCGGCUGGUCCCCUGCACUGACCAUCAAUAAGGUGGCCCUGUCAGUCCGAUCAAUGCUGGCCAGCAACACUGUGCAGCUUAGGCCCCCCGGGGAUCGCAGCUACUGCCAGCGAAUGGCUGGACGAUCGCCAAAGGAAACGCAGUGGCGAUUCGAUGAUGACGGGGUGUGA